AUGGAUAAUCCUUUCAAGCGCAUGCGAUAUCAAUAGAAUUAUGGCAGUGGUUAUGACCGAGGUGGUCGUUCAAAUGGCAGUAAUUUUUCAGCUAAUUUUCUUGAUGAUACUCCAGAUAGAGGAUACGGAAGCGGCAGAGGGUCUUAUUCAGGUGGUGGAGGAGCCCGCAAUAAUAGUUUCAGAAGCAGGAGUAGGGGAGGUGGAAGAGGCAACUACGGGGGAGGCUAUGGAGGUGGCGGAGGCUACGGAGGAGGCGGAGGUCACUAUAAAAGUAACAAUGGUGGUGGUGGUUACAAUGACAAAUAUAACUCAAGUCCAGCACCCCGAGGAACAUUUAACCCUCCAGCUUAUGAGGCACCACCUCAAACAAAUAACUUUAACCCGAGUAAUAAUAAUACUGGAGGGACAUACGGAGGAAGUAAAGGAGAACCUGAUGAAGAAGUUUAAUCUUUUGAAGUAAGUUCAUUUGUGUUUAAGAAUUUAUAUCAGAUUGGAUUAAAAAAGAAAAUACAAGUGAAGAGAUAUCAUGGAUAAGUAUUCGUUGAUUUAAGAGAUUAUUUCAUAAAAGGAGAAAACCUACUGCCGACGAAGAAAGGUGUCACUCUGACAAUAGAUCACUGGCGCAAGCUGUAGAAUAUAAUGAACAUAGUUGAUUAGACAAUCGAGCGAAUGGGAGGCAAUAUAUAGUAACCAAGUGGCUAGAAUGUACCGAGUCCAAGUACGAAUGGAAAUUCUGAAGAUGUAAACUCGAUAACCAAAUAAGCAUUUGGCAUUUAAGAUGAUGAUGAAGAAAACGCUGAGGAAUACAUACAAGAUGAUAACAAUGAAGAGGAGGACGAUGAUCUCUAGUGA